UUAGUUGGUUUGGAGUUAACAAGAGUAAUUGUCCUCAUGGGUCAUGGUAGUUAAGAUGUAGCCUCUUAUAAUUUAGGAACAAUAAAUUAUUCUGAGGGAAAUGACCAGUAUUAUUUUCAUAGGACUGGUAACGGUGUCUGAUGCAAAUGGUAAAAAAAAUGCUUAUUCGCGCUGGUUUCUUGUAGUAUAACUGUAUAAAUCUGUACAAUCAAAAAAAAAGUUUGUGAGACUCGAAAAACAAAAGAUCAAUUGUUUACUAUUUGGAUGGAGAGUCCAAGAAGAUAUCAUGUGGCAAAUGCACAACCAUAGACUCACAACCCCCAUGUCCACAUCAGUGGAGGGAGAACAGACAAAAACAUCAAAUUUCUGAAGGAAUAGAAACUCAAAAUCUUUUGUUGCAACACACAAGAAAGUUCUCACGCAGUACACACACAAAUCAUGCACACAUGUCUGCUGGUACUUCUCAUGUUUCUAUGGCCUGAAGUUGUGCUGGACUUGGAAAAUGAGGUGACCAAGGCCAAGAACUUGUCACCAUUGCCACCUCACAACUCACAAGAGCAGUGAGAUCAAGAAAUGGCUUGUUCGUCCACAUUUAGAGUUCCUAGUGGGUUAGGGUUCUUGGGGCCUUCCAGGAUUUGUCUGAAUCCUUUGAGAAGCAAAGGUGGUGGGCGAUCAGGAGCGAAGUACGUGGCACCAACCUGUGCAAUCUCCUCUACUAGGCCAGCAUCACAGCCUAGAUUUAUACAGCACAAGAAGGAGGCCUUCUGGUUCUACAGGUUCCUUUCCAUAGUGUAUGACCAUGUCAUAAACCCGGGGCAUUGGACAGAGGACAUGAGGGAUGAUGCGCUGGAGCCUGCCAAUCUCUACAGCGAUGAGCUAAAGGUUGUUGAUGUUGGUGGGGGAACUGGGUUCACCACAUUGGGGAUUGUCAAGCAUGUGGACAAGGAGAAUGUCACCCUGCUGGACCAGUCCCCCCACCAGCUUGAGAAGGCACGGCAGAAGGAGGCACUGAAUGGGGUGAGCAUCAUGGAGGGUGAUGCUGAAGACCUCCCCUUCCCAACUGAUACUUUUGACCGCUACGUCUCCGCUGGAAGCAUCGAGUAUUGGCCUGACCCGCAGCGAGGAAUCAAGGAAGCUUACAGGGUGGUGAAGCCGGGUGGGCUUGCCUGUUUGAUCGGGCCAGUCCACCCAACAUUUUGGCUAUCUCGCUUCUUCGCCGACAUGUGGAUGCUCUUCCCCACGGAAGAAGAGUACAUAGAGUGGUUCACCAGGGCAGGGUUCGAAGAUGUUAAGCUCAAGAGGAUCGGGCCCAAGUGGUACCGUGGUGUUCGUCGGCAUGGCCUGAUCAUGGGAUGCUCCGUGACAGGCGUGAAGAGAGCUUCUGGAGACUCGCCUUUGCAGCUCGGCCCCAAGGCUGAGGAUGUCAAGGAACCAGUGAAUCUUCUCGCCUUCCUCUUCCGCUUCGCCAUCGGGACGAUGUGCGCAUCGUACUACGUGCUGGUGCCUGUCUACAUGUGGAUCAAGGAUCAGGUUGUUCCCAAAGGCGAGCCAAUUUAAGGGAUAGUAGCGAAGAUCUGACAUAGAGGCUUGUGUACGUUAGCCGCAUGUAGAGCUUGUGAUUCCCUGCUUAUGUUUGCUCCUUUACCCCUUGAAAUCUUGUUUAUGCAUAGGGACAUUGUGCACUUUUGAAAAGAAAAUUGUAGAUGCUAGGGUAGUAUCCCCAGUAUCGCAAGAAAUGCAAAGGACCUUUGUAUAGCAUCAAAAUGCAUUCUCCAACAUGGAAUCACAACCCUAGCUGUAUGACUGUAACUUGUUUGGUUCAAAAGUCUCUGGUUGUUUAGAUA